GGUUUGUAUCAAAAAAAGGUCAACUCCAGCCUCACUGUCACUUGCAACUGUAAAAAUUAAAUGGACUAUUAUCAACCGGGGAGGGUUGAUCAAACUAGACCAGUAUGCUGCACUGUCCUCUACAAAUGCGACAGAAGUUGUUCAUUUCAGGCUCCAGUUUUUUUCUUAUUGCCGAAGGACGUUUACACUGCCAUCGGUUGUAUAUCCCGGCUUGUGAACAUCGUUAAUAAUUGGGUACGGAACCUUCUCAGAAAAUUCUUCCAAUCUGGUACUAAAACCAUAUUUUCGUCUGUCAUUUAAAACAUAUUUUAAGCGCUCUCUAAGUUCCCUUUAUACAUUAUACAGCCUCUAACAAAGCUUAACACUUCCUUUCAUUUUUAUUUCCCUCUCAGUCACUAAUACGUUUGUGGGAUUUUAGGUUGCGUUCAUUGGCCAUCAGGGAAAUACGGGUUACCCAAAGCUACUUCCGGGUGUCCCUCGUCGUAUGGAUUCCGCUGGAAGACUGGAUGGCGAUUGCAGGACACUAAUGACGGAAAUUCAAAAAAUAAUAAGUCAGACGAUUUUCACCUUAAUGGAGAAGUAGACAACAAAAAAGUAAACAGGUCGUUCUGCAUUAAAAAGAAUGUGCGCAACCAGCUCGAAAACAGUAGGCCAUUCUGGCCCUCAGGUUAGCAACAUUGUGCACCUGACCCUCAAUAUUCAUAAAAGACAGCGCAAUAUCUAACACAGAAAUUUAAGAAUUUGUUCAUGCUUAGCGUGCGUAUAUCGAGUUAUGGAUGCACACGGGAAGUUUGGAGAGCACGAAAGAUGCGUAAGAGUUGCACGAGGCGAUAGCCGAGUGCAACUCUAGCUUCUUGAGUGCUCUCCAAACUUCCCAAGUGCAUCCAUAACUCGAUAUACGCACAGCUAAAAGCAUGAGCAAAUUCUUUUACAACAUAGCUCACAAAAAUGCUUGCUUUUUGGUUAACUGCAAAAUUCUCGUAACACGCGACACAAUAACAAACGGUUCUAUUGGCUGAUUACGAACACGCCACAAUCGUCUAAUUUGAAUGAAAGUAUUCUUUCUGUUAAAUUGCUUCUUUAUUCGUUAACGAUCAAUGGAAACUAAGAAGAAACAAAGGUAAAAGAGUCUUAAAGUUCACCUAAAAUUAAAACUAACAUGUUCGUAAGAAGUCGUGGAGUAUGGUUUGGAUUUGCUGAAAAGAUGUUUACGUUUUGCUCGGCGAAAUCCAGAAAACAUGUUUUUAGCGAAGACGACUGUCAUCCUUCUUUAAACUUAUAUUCAUUUACGAACAUUGGCUGGUCAUUACGGCUUCUUGAGAAGACCUGGCAGCAGUUGUUUUUGUGAGUAAUAAAUUUAUGUCUUCUUGUGUAAUUUGUGUUGUUAUUGCGGUAGAAAUUUUCCUGCUUCAGUCGGAUUGUCCGGAGAUAACAAAGUACAUAACAAAUUUAAAAACAAUAGAAACAGAAAUUUUGCCUUUUAAUGUUGUUGAUGACCAGUUGGUGUCUGUUCUGUUCCCAGUGACUGUCUUUCGGCCAAAAUUUGCUGCAGCUGGUCUUCGACAAAUCUGCGAAACGCGCAACUUGCAAGUUUUUUUAAUUCGGCUUUAUUUUUGCUGCUUGUUGGAUCAGGACCUAAAAGGUCAAUGCCGAUAGAAAAAUUGGGCAGUUCUUCGCUGGUUUCUUCCGUAUUUCAAAGAGAAGGAAAAGUGCACUGCAGCUUAAAAGACGACAACUUUGCAGCCAGGUAAAAAAAAAUGCUCACGUCAUCUUAUUUACGCACGGGCGUGCGUAAAUAAAGAUUUUGUUCAUAGCGGCACAAUAGGACUUAUAUAAGGCAAGCACGCGCGCUAUGUUAUAAGAAAAUAUUUUGCGUAAAGGUUAUUUCUUUCGCGUCUUUUUUCAAGAAGUGUAGUAUAGUUAAUCUGAGGUUUAACGUAUUCAUUUCAACCAAGUACACAGCAAUUUUUAGCGAGAUGUCAAACUAUGGAGUAAAAAUUUUAGGUACAGGAUACCCCUUUUAUGGGGUUACACUUUAACUCCUAUUUUAACUCCAAAUUUGGGGCCAUUUUUACUCCUAAAAAACAGUUCUUUUAACUCCGAAAAUGGGUUAAUUUUACUACUAUUAAUUUUACAUGGGCUGUUUUUACUCUUUUUGGAGUUACUUUAACUCUGAAAGUGGAGUAAAACUUUUAGGUUUUAGGUACAGGAUAACUCCUUUUUUGGGGUUGUCGUAACUCCUCAAUAUCUCCACUGUAAGGAGUUAAAUUAACACACUAGAGGAGUUAUUAUAACGCCUUGAAAAUUCCUGUGUAUCGGUUUUAUUUUCUUGACUCAUAGACUUCAGUGGAACAAAAACUGUUAUUUACAUCUGACUGAUCUCCUGUAGGUAAAUACUGUGUUUACAAGAAAGGUUCACAAUGCCCAUCAGGUCUGGGAGAAGGUUACGUUUACUGGGAUGAUGACGACUUUGGUAAUUUGAAUGACGAAAGUGGAAUACUUCCUUCAGGCGAAUAUAAUGAAGAUACAAAGGUAGAGUUCUGUUGCCAAACAAAUGGAAACAAGAAGGAGCCAAUCCUCCUUCCCACCGAACUGCCAUUUUUUCUGUUGGCUUUCGGAUCUAAAGAAUGUCAAAUGGUGAAAUGGGCGAUAGCGACACUGGAAUGGAUAUAUUACGAUACAGAGGAUUAUCGUAACAGUGACUCUAGAGUCUGGCCUUACCCCUACGAUGUAGGAAUAAAACAUCCAACCAUAUACUACUGUUAUUACCGUGGUACGUCAUCACCAUAGCAUUUUUGCAUUUUGGUUCUUAUCCCGUAUGCAGUGUUGUGUAAAAAUACAGCUGAUUUGCGAACUUUAUUUAGUCCGUUAAACGUCAUAAAAACAAUUCAGUACUUGACGAAGGAAACACUUUUCAUUGCAACUCACAACAGCCGCUAAAAACGAGGUUCAGCUACAAGUUUAAUUUUCAAGAGCAGCCAUAAUGUGUUAGAGUCUAAAAACAAUGGGUACAUUUGUAAAUUACACUUAUUAAAGUUUGAUUAAAUUGACCCCAUAUCUCAGGGGCGGAUCUAGGGGGAGGGUGCGGGGGGUGCGCCCCCCCCCUCUGAGAUGACAUGCGGUUUUCUAAUACAACUGGUAUUCUGCAAAAAAAAAAAAAAAAAACUUUGUGGUUUAUUGAUGUUGAAGUAGAACAAGAGACGAGUGCACCCCCUCCUAAAAAAAAAUCUUGGAUCCGCCCCUGUAUCUUACACUUUAAAUGACAGGUUGUAGUUGAGGUUGUAUACACGUAGUGUUUCGUUCUACUGGGUUUCCCUUUAAUGCUUUAAAGCUUUAAAAGCAUUAUACCUUACGAAUGCUAUUCCUUUUUUACCUUUAAGGAUGUAAUAAAACCAUGAGUGGAGUCAACGGCACCUUCCAUUCACCAAACUAUCCAAACAAUUACCCGGAUGGACAGUACUGCUCCUGGAGGGUCACGGUCAGUCCAGGACAAAAAAUCCACCUCAUGUUCACAGACUUCAGAUUACAGAGCGAGAACAAUACUGAUGCUUUAUAUGUGUUUGAUGCGCAAAAUGACACAGGGGAGUUGUUGGGAGCAUUUUAUGGAGAGCACCCUCCCCCCAUGAAUGGAAUCAAGUCUUCGUCAAACCAUAUGUUUAUCAUAUUCAAAUCAGAUGAUACUGAUUCAAGUUUUUACACCGGCUUCAAUGCCACGUAUAAUGCCGUGCAGAAAUCAGGUAAAAUACGGGAAAUAUAAUUAGGUGCCAUUGUUAUGAUCUCUAUUUGCCUGAAGAUAAAGUAUGGGAAAGGUAAUACUCGAAAAGGUAAUACUUAGAGCCCUGGAAGUGCAAACGAUCACAUCUUCAUUUUCAUCGUUCAUAUCUGUCAUAUCAUGGCACUGUCAUGAUUAAGUCAUUGCCAAUUGUGGAUGAACCUUAAAAAAUGCUGGAUAUCGAAGCUAAUAUCAAUUUCACUGUAAUGGAAGCACAAAACUUUUGCAGUCUGAGGUAAUAUUUGUGGGCUACUUGUUCUGUCUUUUUAAAAAAAUUGUACUUUUUUCUGGAUGAAAAAAGAAAGUUUUGUCUUUCUAGCUGUGACAACGUUUGCUAUGACGGCAAAACCUACCCAAGACGUCCCAUCAACAACUGCCAUAAACUUGUUACCUUCACCAUCAAGGACCACAUCUGACAUGAGAUUGACAGCAACAACGGUUGGAUCGACAAGAGAAAUCGGGACCAAAGAGCGAAGGCAAGCGUCUCAAGGAAAAGGUAACAUACUCGAAUUUUUAGUUGUUUAACACACAGUAAAGACCUGCGUGUAAGAGCUUAGUGGUUUCAGAAUCUCACUGGCAAAAAUGUAGAGUGACCAAACAUAUAUAAGCUGUUUAGCCAAGCAGGAUCAAGCAGGUUAUUCUCUGUAAGUUACCUUAGUGCAGUUAAAUUUUGAUAAACAUUUUAAGCAAGAAGUUUGACUUUGAGAUUGCCAUUUUAAGACAAUACUCUGUUUAUUGCUUUUUAUUUAUUCAUCUCUUGUUGUAGAGAUAAUCUUAAAUAUACAUUCAACCUUAAGUUAAGCUUGUCAUAACACACUUGUGAAUAACAACUUGAAAAGGACCAAAUCCAACUAUCUUUCCUUUUCUCUUGGAGUCACUUAUAUUUCCGGGCUUCAAUUAAGAAACUAAUUACAGUUGAACCUCUCUACAACGGCCAUCUUGGGGACAGAAAAAAGGGGCCGUUGUAAGGAGGCGGCCGUUGUAGAGAGGUUUUAAACAAGAGUCAAUGUAUGGAUUUUUUUGUCUGCCGGGACGAAAAAGGUGGCCGUUGUAGAGAGGUGACCGUUAGUGGAGGUUCAACUGCACUACUUAGCCUCAAUUGCCAUUAACUACCUCAAAAUACAAGAACCUUUUUUGCAGGACAAAAAAAUGUACGUCCUCUGAGAAGCGGCUUUUUAUUCUAGUGUUUUUUAAAAAGUUAUGAUAAAGUUUCUUUCAAAAAAAACCUUGUAAUUAUUACCUAGAGACUUUUUUGGCAGCAAGGAAAAUAGUGAGCUGUACAUGAGAGUGUUACGUUGGUGUCCGCUUAAUGCAGAAUUUACUGCAUCUCACACUGAACUAAACUAUCAAUAUAACCAGUGGAUGUAGCAGAAACGUACCCACUUAAUAAUGAUCAACUUUAUAUCUAGCAGGUUUGAAGGUAGUAGCUGUUGUAGUUCCGUUGGUGGCAUUGCUCUUCCUAGCAGUUUCGCUUGUAGUCGGAUUCUUUUUCUGCAAAAGGUAAGAUAUGCGUACACUCAACUAACCGACUACAUCUCGCGCAUUUUGCCCUUAAAUGGGGCCGGAUCAUCAUUCAGUUUUAUGAUAUACCCCUCCCUCCUCCCUCCCUUCCUCACUCACUCACUCCGCACUCACCCACUCACUCACUCACUCACUUACUCACUCACACUCGUCCAAUUACUCAAUCAAUCAAUCAAUCAAUCAAUCAAUCAAUCAAUCAGUCAAUCAAUCAAUCAAUCAAUCAAUCAAUCAAAUCAAUCGAUCAUUCAAUUAAUCCAUGAAUCAAUCCAUCUAUUAACCAGUCAGUCAGUCGGUCAAUCUAUUAACCCACAAUGCAACCAAUUAAUCAAUGAACCAAGCAAACAAACAAUCAGUCAGUCAAUCAGCUGAUCAACUAAUCAAUCAGCCACCCAGUGCAAGCAGCUAAUGACACGUCCGGAUAGCAACCAAACCAACCAACCAACCAACCAUGCAACCAAUAUUCAGAAGGUCAAUCAAUCAACCCACUAAUCGAUGCAAGCAAUCAAUGAAAAAACCAAACUACCAGCCAAGCAACCCUCACAAACAGUGAAUGAUUAAUUUAAGAUAACUUCUUAGCAGGAAGUACUAUAUUUGGCUUUAAUUCCUCUAGGAGGAGGACGAAAAGGCAAGGAAAAGGAACACCGAAGGAAGUUGUUUUUUCAAGGUAUUGUACGAAGAUAUCCUCUGCUGUACGAAGCUAUCCUCUGCUGCUGUGUGUUACUACUUACUAGUACUUAGGAAGAAAUUAUUUUACUUAAAUAAAUGACCUUAUGCAUUUUUGUACAUUUUUGCUAUUCUAAUAUUUUGUAAAAGUGAGUAUUUAUUUAUUAAUAAGCUUACAGAAACUUCAUUGUUAAGGUAGGACGUCUGUGUAUUGUUCAUGGCCUUGUAUACACCUUAAGACUCAAUCUGAUUCUGGCAAUUUUCAGUUAACAUUUUGAAUUCGCGGCUGUUACAGUCACGACAGGUAAGGCAUACCAUGUAGAACCCUUUCAUAAAUUGAUCAUAUAAAAAGUUAACCCGUUAGCCGUUGACUUCUACCAAACUCAUAUCUUCAUUACUGCAAGCGAGCAUAAUGAGGAGUGAUUGCAACUUCACCGUAUUGGGACACAUUGAAAAAUCAUUCACACUUUGAAUAGAUAAAAUUCUUAUGUAGAUUCACCGCAUUCAGGAAGAAAAUUAAGCUGACAAGACUGAAAUUUCAUCUACCUCCCAUGUGAAUACACCGCUCGUAACGUAUGAACGUGUAAACAAUGAAUUCAUUUUAAAAUAAAAAUGAAUAGUUACGGGGUAUGCUUGACCUGAACUGAAUGUACAGGCAGCUGAUUGUGUAUUUAAAUUGCAAAUGGAUCAAUCUCAUGACUGUUUGAAAUGAUUCUGUUUUACAGGUCCAAUAGCGAAGGACCCAGGUCUGUUGAAAAUCCAUAUUAUAACAGGUACAAAUAUAAAGAAAAUAAAACAUUUGUCAUUGUUUCUGCAGAUUAUAUUAGAGUUAAAACAUCUCUUUGGUAUUUUGCAGUGAUAUGGUGAUAGUAAAUACAGCUUGCUCUUCUGAUGACAACGGGUUGUACACUAAUGUUAGAGAGGAUAGAAGGAUUGACAAAGGUACAUGCAAACGGCAUGAAAGUGAAAAACCAUUUUCUAGCGAAAGUGAGGUGUACAGCAAUGUUGCAAAGGACCACCUGAGUGAUAAAAAGACAUGCGAACUUCGGAAAAUUGCCGAAAACGAACUGUACACCAAUGUUGAAGAAGACCGUAGGAUUGACGAGGAAACAUGCAAACAACCUGAACGUGAAAGCCCAAGGCCUUGCGAAAGCGAAGUGUACAGCAAUGUUAUGGCAGAACACAAGGAUAAUAAAAAUCGACACUGUCAAGAAAAACUUGCAGAAAACGAGCUCUACACUGAGGUUGAAGAAGACGAAAGGAUAAACAAGGAGACACACAAUAAGGAGGAAAGUGAAAAUCCGUUGUACGAGUCUGCUACGAGUGAAGUGGAAUUUAAUCCCAUCUAUACCUGACAAACACGUUUUAAUGCCUUAUUUCCUCAUCAAAAUCGCGUCAUUCUGUAGCUGGUCGUUUAUCAACGUUGUCUGAAAACAGUCACUAUGUGAGGGAUCGCCCCAAGUAAGGGAAUCUGGAUUCCGGAGUACGGAAAAUGUUUUCCUUUGGAAUCCGGAAUCUGGAAAAUGUAGCUGUGGAAUCCGGAAUCCUGGGCUUUAAAUCCAGAAUACAGCUCAAGGAAUCCGGAAUCCCACUAACGAUUUGAAUCCAGAGUCCAACUUCCACUGACAUAGACUGGAAUCCAGCACCUGAAAUCCGAUCCGGAAUCCACGGCGUGGAAUCCAGAAUCCAAGACUGUCUUGGAUUUCCUUACAUGGGCCGUGAAAGAGCAAGAAUAAAAUAGGACAACGUUUGAAAACAAGAUGUUGACACUUAAUAUGCAAUUAGUUCAUCAGUCCUAAGCUAACCGUAUCCAGUAAGAGUAAACCUAUUGCCUAAGGUACAAUCACAGACAAAAGUAGUAGUUGGGAAGGUUGUACAACUUAACAGCAGUCCAUUUUAAUCCUCACAAAAGAGAGUUUUCUCCUUUGCUAAAUACCCCCCAUACCCCCCGUUCAAUGUUGGGAUAUAACAGAACAAUUACGCGCAACCAUUAAGGUUUUGCUCAACAUUGGGCCAGGGGCGGGGGGAGGAAGAAAAAAAAAGAGGUAAAAAAAGCAACCUUCCCAACACUUUUGACGAUGAUUGUGGCUCUAAUAAACAAUAAACUAUUAAUGUUUUUGUAGAACAUUGCAAUAAAAGUGAAGUGUUUUCCAUUGACACUGAUUUGUACAACAAAAAAAGACAUGAGACGAAAUUUCUCUCAAAAUAGUAGUCAUUUUCCGGCAAUGCAGAUUAUACAAGUUUAGGCUUACUCUUCGCAUUGCUAUAACUUAUUUAACCAAGUAUAACUAUAAGUCAAUGGCCGCAUUAUCAUGAUAUUAAACGACAAAAACACCAUAAAUAAAAUCCUAUUUUCUGACCGCAAGCACGUUCAAAUGACUCUUCUUUUACUUUCAAGCUCAACAAAUAAACAUUAAUAAAGUUUGCACCACACCUAGAUUGGUUUCCUUUGAAAUAAUAUCCCGACGGCCAUCCCCGCAC